UCCAGUUAGCGAAGCGGGGAGGUGUGUGACGCUCCGUGGAGACAGGCAGGCAAUCGGCGGCUCUGUGGACGAGAGGUGGACGAGCGGUGGAGGCGAGACACAGCGGUGGACGGAGGCCCAGGCGACACAGGCAUGGGAAUUCCAGAGGAGCGUCUGAAGAGGGUCGACUUCGGCAUCAACAUGGAGGCCAAGAUGGAUGCCAAGCGGACCUCCAUGAGCGCCGCCGAGACCAGAGUCAAGGCGGACGGCAUCUCCAGGAGCCCGCUCUCCAGCAUCUCCAACACUGACUCCGACGACAGCAUCGAGGUGCGCGUGCGGAGCCCGAUGCACCCCAAGUACCGGAAGCGGCCGCGCGAGCCCGUGCCGCGCCGCGAGCCCGAGGUCAAGGUCAAGGUCGACGACGACGCCGAGCGUUCGGACGGCAAGCGCUCCGCCGACGCCGCCGGCUUCGUCGUGCCCAAGAAGCGCUUCCGGCGCGAGUACGAGGCGGCGUUCGGUCUGCCGUUCUCGCCGUUUGUGGAGCCGCUGUUGGCGUACCAGGCGCUGGGCGCCGACCCGCGUUCACGAAGGUUGGCGAUCCUGCGCACGGCAUCGCUGUACAUCGGCUACCUCUCCCACGUGCUCUCCGAGGGCCCGGGCGUCACGGAGGAGAAGGUGUACGACCAAAUGCGCGCCGCCAUCCUCGAGGUCAUGACGUCCAAGAGUAAAAAGGGCAAGGACGAGGACGAGGAGGACGAUGACGAGUUAUAG